CAAGCCCGCGCCCGCUCCCCCCCCCGUUCCCACGCCCCGCCCGGGCGGAGCGGAGGCGUCAUCUCGCGCCCGAGGCCGGCUCGCAGGCGCGCCCUCGCGCGCGCGAGGCGCGCGCCAUGGCGCGGCGGCGCGGCGCUCUCCGCCCCCGGGCCCUGGCGGCCGGGCUCCUGCUGCGCGCGGGCCUGGCGCGGGAGUGCCCGAGGCCGGAUCCAGGUCUCAAGAGCACGUCCGGCGGGGAGAAGUCCGACUUGAAGAUACAUAACUCCGUUGGCACCGCGGUGGCGGUGUAUUGGGUAGACGACCUGGGCGAGGAGAAGCCUACCAACGUGGUUAUCAGUCCCACCCAGGAGGGCGCAAUCAACACGUUCGUCGGGCACGUGUUUCGGGUACGCUCCGACGACGAUGUCAAGACGCUGUUGACGGAGCUCCACGUCGCGGAGACGCGGGCCACGGCGCGCGUGUUGCCCUGCGGCACCGUCUCGGCCCCCCAGGCCGGCGGGCGGGGCGCCCGCAAGAGCGAGCUCGACGGGCUGGUGCACGACCAGCUGGCGCCGUGCGGCCCCCCCGGCAAGUCGGGCCUGUGGUCGUGCGUCCGAAAGAUCGCCAAGGAGGACUACUCUCAGCGACUGAAGGACCCGCCUCCCGAGUACGGCUUCGCGAACAAACAGGAAGCGGGCUCGCGAAAGGUGCAGGAGCAGUGGGACUACGGCUACACAAAGCACGUGAAGAAGGUGCCGCGCGUGGCAAACACAGGAGGGUUUCUGAAGAUGUCGUUCACCAAUAAGCUGAAGGAGAUCCUGAUGCCUUUCUGGAAGGAUCAUGGGAUUGGAGGGGCGAAGGACGCAGUGGAGCCUCACGAGCCAAUCGCAGGGGGCUACACGAACAGCCACGUUGUUCCUCUGUCGAAGUUAGACUUGGACAAAUUCCGCAGCAUCCAGCGGAGAGUCCAUGCAGAGAUGAGGGAAUACUUGGAGUGGUGGACGAACAUGUCUCUAACGCCCACUUCAACAUUUGGAAUCCGCAUUUAUCACCGGGGGUCCAUGCUCAUAGACCACGUUGACCGCGCCGACACGCACCUGGCCAGCGCCGUCAUACAGAUCGACCAGGAUGUAGACGAGGAUGGCGGCUGGCCGCUGGAGGUCAUCGACGAGGAAGGCAAUUGCUUUGAGGUGUACCUGCAGCCCGGGGAGCUGGCCCUGUACGAGGGCGGCCGCUUUCGGCACGGGCGGCCCAUGCGGUUCAGGGGGAACUAUUUCGCCAACAUCGGCCACUUUGCACCCCUCGAGUGGAGUGGGCCCGGCAAGAGCCCGAAGUUCGACGGCCACCUCGACGAGCACGGGUGGCUGAAAUCAGAGGGGGACGAGGCGCGGCGACACCCUGAGUUCUGAGCGAAGGCCGCCCAAAGUCGGGCGGUUUCCAGUCUGGGGGCGCUGCCUUCAUUGCCUUGUCCCUUGACGGCGCGGCAUGAGGAGCAGGGCAAGGACAAGGCAAAGAGGCUGCCAACUUCACGACGCAGCCUCCGCCCCUUCCCGGCAUGGCUUCGGGACACAUUUUCCAUGCUCUUCCCUUCUGGCGCCGGGGCGGGCGGCCUGCGUGGCUCUCACUGGCCUUGCUGACGUCGCCCGGAUGCGAGACAGGUAGGAUGCGAGCUGGGAAGGCCUCCUCCAUGCCUCCGCCAUCCUCGUCGUCAUUCUUCUGU